AUGGCGUCCAUGGUUCUCAGCGAUCCAGGAACUAGUGGUGGGAACCCCACUUCACCUACUGGACAGAAUCUAGACAGCAUGCUUCAUGGGACAGGGAUGAAGUCAGAUCCCAAUCAAAACAAGCAGGAGGAUGGAGUAACCCUGGCUCCAGAGGACACGUUGCCUUUUUUGAAGUGCUACUGUUCAGGGCACUGUCCAGAAGGUGCAAUUAAUAAUACGUGCGAGACCAAUGGACAUUGCUUUGCCAUCAUUGAAGAAGAUGAAAAUGGAGAAAGCACACUUGCUUCAGGCUGCAUGAAGUAUGAAGGUUCAGAUUUCCAGUGCAAGGAUUCUCGAAAAGCACAGCUGCGGCGGACAAUCGAAUGCUGCCAGACAGAUUUCUGCAAUCGAGAUUUGCAACCCACUUUACCUCCGCCUAGUCCAGAUGGUCUCUUUGACGGUGGCAUUCGCUGGAUAGCUGUUCUCAUUUCUAUGGCAGUCUGCAUAAUAGUGAUGAUCAUCUUGGUUAGCUGUUUCUGCUACAGGCAUUAUUGUAAGUGGGUUGCAAAAAGACGGUGUUAUAAUCGUGAUCUGGAGCAGGAUGAAGCCUUUAUUCCUGUUGGGGAGUCCCUAAAGGACCUUAUUGACCAGUCGCAGAGCUCAGGCAGCGGUUCCGGGCUUCCUUUGUUGGUCCAGCGCACUAUUGCCAAACAAAUUCAGAUGGUGCGGCAAGUCGGGAAAGGGCGAUAUGGAGAAGUAUGGAUGGGGAAGUGGCGGGGUGAGAAAGUGGCAGUGAAAGUGUUUUUCACCACCGAGGAAGCCAGCUGGUUUCGGGAAACAGAGAUUUACCAGACUGUUCUCAUGCGUCAUGAAAACAUACUUGGUUUUAUAGCAGCAGAUAUUAAAGGCACAGGCUCCUGGACCCAGCUGUACUUGAUUACAGAUUAUCAUGAAAACGGAUCUUUGUAUGAUUUCCUGAAAUGUACCACUCUGGACAACAGAGCUUUGCUCAAACUGGCGUACUCUGCUGCGUGCGGGCUGUGUCAUUUGCACACGGAGAUCUAUGGGACGCAAGGGAAGCCCGCCAUCGCGCACCGAGAUCUGAAGAGUAAAAACAUCUUGAUAAAGAGAAAUGGGACUUGCUGCAUUGCUGAUUUGGGCCUGGCUGUCAAAUUUAACAGUGAUACAAAUGAAGUGGAUGUCCCUUUGAAUACAAGGGUGGGAACAAAACGUUACAUGGCACCAGAAGUCCUGGAUGAAAGUCUGAAUAAAAAUCAUUUCCAACCAUACAUCAUGGCCGACAUCUAUAGCUUUGGCUUGAUAAUAUGGGAAAUGGCUCGGCGUUGUGUCACGGGAGGUAUUGUUGAAGAGUACCAAUUACCAUAUUAUGAUAUGGUGCCAAAUGAUCCUUCGUACGAGGAUAUGAGAGAGGUGGUGUGUGUUAAGCAUCUGCGCCCAGUAGUAUCUAAUCGAUGGAAUGGUGAUGAGUGUUUAAGAGCAAUAUUGAAGUUAAUGUGUGAAUGUUGGGCCCACAAUCCUGCCUCAAGACUGACAGCUCUGAGGAUUAAGAAGACGCUGGGCAAGAUGGUAGAAUCGCAGGAUGUCAAGAUUUGA